GCUUUUCGUUUUCCCUUCAACACAUUCGCUUUCUCUCUCUCUUCACUCUUUUUUGAGACCGAGAUUUUUUUUAAUCUACUUACUACAAUCCUCGUUUUUUGUAGUCGUCAUUCGCUUCUCGGCAAUAAAGUUGAAAACAAAAAUCAAGAUGCGUAGCGUCCAGGCUGUCUUCGUGUCCCUUGUGGGCUUCGCUGCCGCAGGCAACAUCUACUACCCGUCCGCCACUGAGAACCGGCCGGCGUACCCUGAGGCUUCCCCCUCGUAUGUGCCUAUUGACCCUUCGCACAAGGAGUGGGAGCACAAGGACUACGACGGCGAGAACAAGGAGGAUGAGCACAAGGAGUACGAUCCCAAGGAGUGGGAGAACAAGGACAAGGAGAACAAGGAGUAUGACCCCUACCAGAAGGAUGGUGAGGAGCACAAGGAGUGGGAGAACAAGGACUACAACAAGGAUGGUGAGAAGAAGGAGUGGGAGAACAAGGACGACAACAAGGAUGGUGAGAACAAGGACGACAAGGACAACAAGUAUGAUGGACACUGGGACGGCCACGAGCAGUGGCAGAACCAGUGGAACAAGACCAAGUCGGCCUACACCACUACAAAGAUUGUCUCUCAGUACACCACUUACUGCCCUGAGCCUACUGAAGUGACCGUCAACAAGAAGACCUACACCGUCACAAAGGCCACAACUCUGACCAUUACCGACUGCCCCUGCACCGUCAUCGAGCCUUGCCCUACCGAGACCGUCAAGCCCCCUACCAAGUGGGACGGCAACAAGGACUGGGACAACAAGAACUGGGACAACAAGAACUGGGACAACUCCAAGCCCGAAGACCCCAAGAAGCCCGAGGACCCCAAGAAGACCGGGGCCGCUCCCUCCGCCUCCGCCUCCGCAAAGCCCGAGGACCCCAAGAACGGCUGGGACGGCAAGCCCCACGACGGCGGCGACAAGCCUCACCCUCCCCCCGUCACCGUCUCCGGCGCCUCCACGAGCUUCGUGCACGUCGGAGCUGCUGUAUUCGGCGCUCUCAUCGUCGGCCUCAUGGCCCUGUAAACAACGAGCAACAUCUCAACAUGUUACUAGCAUUGGGAGGAAGAAGUGCAUGAGGAUGAUGAUGAUCAUGAUAUGCGGCAUGAAGGAGGAUGACACUUUUGGGUCGGGAGUCAACACACACGGAAGGCGGGUUUAGAAGGAUUGGGGUUAAGGAGGGGUUUUUCUAAAGGGAAACAAAAUACGGGUGCCCUUCUGCUACUUUUUACUUUUUACUUUUUUUUUUUUGGAGAUGUGUUUUUUAGGUUCUUUCUUCUCUGGGGAUAGAAAUUUUUUUUCGAACGUGAGCUUUCUUCUUCUACUUCUUCUUCUUAUCAGGGGGUGAUUUACUUCUUCUUCUUUUUUUUUUUCCUUAAUUCAGCAUAGAAGGGCAUCAAAGUGGGUGUUGCUUUUGCCGAGUGAAG